GGUGAUGGCAGAGAGAGCGGGCCGCUGAUGACAUGCUUGGCAGGAGGCAUCCAUUGGGUUAGAACCGUGAUGUCAUAAUGCCGGUGGCUGACAUCAGGCAAGGAGGUGCAGCUCCGAGGCGCCAUGCUGGAGCUGAGAUGGCUGCUUAUCUGGGGUCCCGCCUGUGGAGGCAUCAUACCAUGCACCAGGAGAAGGAAGCCAAGGAAGUAGAGCUGAAGAUCAACUGCAGAGACAUCAUAUGCGUCCAGGAUAACUGGGAUGUGGAGGAGUUUGUCUCAAAGGUGUGCAUGGGCAGGUUUCUCAAUCAUCCCGCCUUUAAAAUCAUGCUCGCUGCACUCAUCAUCAGCAACGCGCUCAUCAUCGCUAGCCGGACGGAGCCGGAGGUCGAAGAGAAAUACUAUGGGUUGUUCUCUGCUAUAGAUAACAUUGUCCUGACUGUCCUUACCUGUGAAGUGCUUCUCAACUGGUACUAUGGAUUCCAGAUGUACUGGAAGGAUGGCUGGAACGUCAUCAAUUUUUUUAUCGUGGCGUAUCUCUGUGUGGGGCCUUUCAUCUCUGUGCUGAACAACCAAAAGAUUUUCUGGGUCCUCAGGGUGAUGAGGCUGAUGCAUGUCUGCACGCUGGUCAAGGGGCUGGCCAGGAUCAUCCGGGUGAUCCUACAGUCCAUCCCAGACAUGACCAACAUCAUGGUCCUGCUCUUUGCCAUCAUGCUGGUCUUCUCAGUGUUUGGAGUGACUCUCUUUGGAAAUCUGGUCCCGAUGCACUUUGGAAAUCUAGGGGCGGCUUUGUAUUCGCUCUUCACCUGCCUCACGCAGGACGGAUGGAUGAACAUAUACGAGACCUUUGUGGAAGAGGGGAUCGCCCUGAAAAUAGGGGGUGCCCUUUACUUUUUCAUCUUCAUCACGGGCGGGGCCUUUAUCUGCACCAACCUGCUGGUGGCCGUGGUGACGUCAAAUCUUGAGCAGACAAUGCUCGCCUACGCCGAGGAGAAGAAGAAAAGAGACCAGCUCCUCUACCCCGACAAGUAUGUGGACCAGGAGUCCAAUGUUGGGGAUGACGACUCAUCUCCGGAGCUGAACCUGGUGCAUUUGAAAGCAGUGAUGCAGGAUACCGCCAUGACACAUCGCCAGAUGCCACUUAUCUACGGCAACCUGGGCAACCUGACUGAAGCUACCUGUGAUGAUUUCUGUCUCAUCUUGGAAGGGAUCCAAGAGAACCUGAAACGAUACAAAGAGAUCCGGGAUGAGCUUAGCACAAUAGUCAAGGAGGUAAGGUCCAUUGCAUUCAAUAAAGAACAGGAGGAGGAGAGGGUGCUGAGAAACAUCCAGAACACCAACAUCUCUGAUGGCCUGCUUUGCAACGAGGUGGCUGCUGGGAGGUCUGGAGAUAUCCUGUCCACGCUGAUGACUCUGGAGAAGGCGAACAUGAUUGACGCAGAGGAUGUCACGGCAUCAGGGUACCACAGGGGGGCAGUGAAGAUGGCCUUCCUGAAAGCUCGGCGCCAUUCUCUUCUCAGCCAGUCAGUCCCUCCUUAGCCGUGCUGGAGUGGGACCACAGAGCUGGGAGUGGGAAUCGCCCCCCGGACCGUGCAACCGAGGAGCUGUUAGUGGAGCUGCGGCGUAAAUGCUUCCUUUGUAACAAGGGGGGAUUUAUUUGCUUUGCUGAGGAGACGCUUCUGUCUUUGGGAUGCCGAGGAGCGAGUGUGGACAAGGGGUCAGCGCUCCAAGGAGCAUGCAUCAUGAAAUACCAGCUUCUAGGUGGGCAAAGCCAGACCUGGAGGAGUGGCAGGAGAUUGGAUUAAUGCCAGGUCUGUCAGGUUUGCUGAGUCCAUUUGGAUGACUUUGAUCUGGCCUGGAGUGUCUCUUGGAUGGAGACCAUGUCCAGAGUAUUCAUGGUCUGGUGCCUCCAAAGCACAAAGCAAAGAACAUCAGGGAGAGAAAAGUUGCUGCAGAGCCCGUGCCUGUGGUCAGAGCAUCGGCUCCCACCCUCUUUCCCAGAGCACCUGGGCAUGUGUCUGUGUAAGUCUCUGGGGAAUUCACCUUUGGGUACCUUUGUAUAGGUGAGAACAGAGCCCUCCAGGUGGUAAGAGCAGGGAUGCAGGAUGAAGCAUUGGGUGUUCAUGCUUGUGCCUGUAAAAGGGGGCUUCUCUUGCAGCAUCAGGAGCGGACGCAAUGUCUAAAUCUGGGAAAUGUGUGGUGGAGCAGAAGAUGUAUCCAUCCCGUUGUCCUGGCUGAUGUCUCCUUGAGACUCUACCGACAGGCAGCUACAGGGAAGUCCAGGGCUAGUUUGCGCAGGCCCUGCCCUGUGCAGUGAGUGGAAAAGGGCUGAUGAAAUUAUUUUCCACUUUUAAUACCCACUAUCAAGUUCUGGACCAUGUUCCCUGCCUUGGCUGCUCAUGAUGGUGAAUGACACAACCCAGUGAGGUGCUGACAUGUCUCCUGGAUGGGAUUGUUUGACUUUCCAAAGCCAGGAGGUGCUCCGUCUCACAUCUGCAUUUCCCACCCAGUGCUCUGCAAACUCCAGGCGCAGAAGGAGAUUGCUCUGCUUCAGCUGUGUCUGCCCCUAUGUUCGCUGGACUGGAUGCACUCUAGCACUCAUGUAGCCAUGCAUUAAAAUGAGCAGUGUCUGGGGAAAGUAGCUGGUGCCAGCAUAUUUGAGACUAAUACUUGUCAAGAAAUGCAUGGCUCGUGUCGAUCAGCUGUGAUGCUUGUGCUGGUCUUGGAUGAAUGAUCAUAAUAAAGAGCAUUGAGCUGUGUUUCUGUGGCCGUUAUGUUCCCGUUUCACCUUGUUCAGUGUUUUGAGUCUAAAGGAGUCUACCCUGUGACUGCAGUGUAUGUGUGACAUUCUGUACCUUGGGGGAGCAUCCUGUAACCCCCAUAUUCCUCAUUUUUAUAUAAUUGUGAUCUUCGUAUAAAGCAGGCCACGUGAGGUAUCAGCGUAAAGGCUUUGAUCUGCUGAAAAUAAUUUCUCUAUCCAUAUAUGUGUAUCAUUAAUGCAUAUGAAGUUAUGAGAAUUGUGUUGGAUGGUUUUCACUAAAACAUGCUGUAAGUUGGGUAAGCAGCCAGAUAUUAGCUCCCCAGAGGCAACAGCAAGGGAAGUAACCAACACCCGGGCAGGGUGACAAACAACCCAUCGACAACCAUUGUCCACCAAGGGAGCUACAAUUCAAUGACCCACCUACAUGAGGCCACACCAGGGGAACUGCUCAGCCU